ACGUACAAGCUAACGUUACUGUUAGCAGGCCAUUGAAUGAGUGCGACUCGCCAAUGAACGAUUACGCAUGGUGCAACUUUCAAUAUUAUUAUAUUAGCUAACAACAUAAAUUACUAUAUAUGCAUUACUUGACGUGAUGACACAUGAACAUCGAAAAGUGUAACUGUCAACGGCCAUGGAUGAUAAAUGGAGCUAGCAGCAGACGAAAUCAACGGUGUCAAAAUGGCCACCUACCUAGAGAUAAAUGUCUCGAGCCUCACACAGACCACUUUCUUGUCUCUGUCAAUUCAGCUAAUAUCCGAGAUAUAAGAUGUUGGCUGGUAUAUUUAGAAGACCCAUCCUUACUGCUCACAAGCAGAUGUCCUGCCUGUCUGCUGGUGCCUCAGUCAGGGUGUCUGAUGCCUCCUAUAGUUCCUGUCCCCUGUGGCCCUGCAGGGUCUCCUCGGCCAGGCUGCUCCCUAAAAUAAGUGAUGCUGUUGGUCUAUUGAGGACCCAGUACUUCCACAGCUCUGCUGCGAGGCUGAAGAAACGACAACAACCAGAGCCUCCACCCAGAGAGUUGGACUUGCUCCGUUAUGACAUGAGAGACCUGGGAAAGAGCCCCAAACCAGCGCUGUACCUGAGCCUCUCCAGCCUUAUCCCUUUCAUCGCUGCUCCGCUCGUCAUGGCUGUGACCGAGACCUACCUGCCAGAAGUGGCCUUCGCCCAGGUGGCCUAUGGAGCGUCUAUCUUGUCUUUCCUGGGCGGUGCGCGGUGGGGCUUUGCCAUCCCGGAGACUAGCCCGGCCAAGCCAGACUGGAUCAACCUGGCCAAUAGCGUGGUUCCAUCCCUGUUAGCCUGGCUGGCCAUGCUGUUCAGCGACACGAUUACCCCAGCAGCUAUGAUGGUAAUCAUGGGGCUAGGCAUCUCCCUACACUAUGACCUGUCUCUGCUGCCCACCUACCCCAGCUGGUUCAAAGCCCUGCGUACUAUACUGUCGGUGGUGGCCUUCCUCUCACUGGUGGCCACACUGGUUCUCAAGGGAGUUUACCUGGAGAAGAAGAUAUUCUCAGAGCAAUGAAUUCAUGCUACAGAGUAGACACAUUUGUAAUUGAACAUAUUUUAAGUGUGAAUGGAAAGAUCUCUAAAAUGGUAAAGAGUGUUUGUGAUGGCAUAUGUUUGAUUGUGUUAUUUAUGGUACUUAAAAAUGGCUGACUGAUACUAAAUGUGUAUCCUUUAGGCUCUGGUUCUGGCAAUACUGUAAGGAGCAGGUGGUACGUUUCAGACAUCUGCUGUAUAUCCAUGUGGUGGUGUGUCAGUGUCAUGCAUUAUUAUUGCAGAUAAUAAAACAAUGGAAUGGCGGCGUGACCAGCCUCAGCCUACAAUGAAUGAAUGUGUGAAAGGCUUGAAAGAAUGACUCGGCACACCUUUGUAUUAAAAUAUUGACUUGUUUUAUUGUAAAA